ACGACCUACGAAGCUGUAGCUCUAAAGACCCCAGCUCCCUGACCCAACUCGAGGGCUUGCAGCGAAACCAAGCACACCGAAGAUGGAGGGCCUCUUCUUCAACGUGAACAAUGGCUACAUUGAGGGCGUUAUCCGUGGAUACAGGAAUGGCCUCCUCACGGGCAGCAACUACACCAAUAUGACCCAGUGUGAAAAUAUCGAUGAUCUCAAACUGCAACUCGGACCCGCAUACGGCGACUUCCUCGCCUCCCUUCCGCCGAAUCCACCCACCUCGAGCUUGGCCGGGAAGACAACAGACAAGCUUGUUUCCGAAUUCCGAUACGUGCGCGCAAAUGCGGUGGGAACCCUCGCCAAGUUUAUGGACUAUGUGACGUACGGCUAUAUGAUCGACAACGUUGCGUUAUUGAUCACCGGCACCCUUCAUGAGCGAGAUACCCGAGAACUGCUGGACCGAUGCCAUCCCUUGGGUUGGUUCGAGACUAUGCCGGUGCUCUGUGUGGCAACAAAUAUCGAGGAGCUAUAUAACAGCGUGCUGAUCGAGACCCCUCUCGCCCCCUACUUCAAGGGCAGCUUGAGCCAUCAAGACCUCGAUGAGCUGAACAUCGAGAUAGUCCGCAACACGCUCUACAAGAACUAUCUCGAAGACUUCUACAACUUCGUCAACACCCACCCCGAUAUGGCAGGUACCCCGACUUCCGAGGUCAUGUCCGAAAUCCUAGAGUUUGAGGCGGACAGGCGCGCAAUCAACAUCACUCUCAACUCGUUUGGCACGGAGUUGACCAAGGCGGAGCGCUUGAAAUUGUACCCAAGCCUUGGGAAGCUCUAUCCCGAAGGCACUCUAAUGCUCUCGCGGGCUGACGACUUCGAUGGCGUUCGGCUUGCAGUGGAUGGUGUUACAGACUAUAAGACCUUCUUCGACACUGCUGGUCUUGGAGGCGGCUCGUCCGGUCCUGGCAACAUGGGAGGCGGUACCGGGACUGACGGCAGGAGUCUGGAGGACAUGUUUUACCAGAAGGAAAUGGAGAUCUCAAAGUCUGCCUUUACAAGGCAGUUCACAUACGGUGUUGUCUAUGCCUGGAUCAAGUUGAGAGAGCAGGAAAUCCGCAACAUCACCUGGAUUGCCGAGUGUAUAGCUCAAAACCAGAAAGAGCGCAUCAACAACUACAUUAGCGUGUUCUGAGUUGGCUAGGGGGUCGGGGGGUGAUUGUGUCGUUGUAUAAUAAUUCAGACCAUCAAGUCGGAACAGGUAAUGGCGCAUUGAUGAGAUCCCCAGUUGAUCGAGGGCCACCUGAAUCUUGAUAUUGUUUUUGUUUAGCGUGUUGUACAUAGGGUGGUUACACGGUUUUAUAUACUCUACACUUUCUCCUGA